AUGGUACAGCUACACACAGUGAACCGACCAGACCACCAACAGUCCGAGACAGCGGCAGUGACAAACGCGCUGUCUCAACUAAAGAACGAUUCCACAGCGACUAUUCCAAUUGAAGAUGAAAACAAAUACCUCGUUGAAUUCUCAGAGAAUGACUCAGAGAAUCCGAAGAAUUGGUCCCAAGUGAAAAAGUGGACCGUCGUAUUUGCAAUCACUCUCAUAAACAUUUGCACAGGCUUGGCGAUGACUGUAUAUGCCAGUAUUGGUGAUACUAUGAUGAGGGACACUGGUGCUACUCACCUCGAAUACAUAUCAGGAAUGACCACUUUCAUGCUUUCUGUCGCUUUCUUACCUCUCAUACUCUCCCCAAUGAGUGAGAGCUUUGGCAGGAGAAAGAUAUACCUCGUCACAACAUCUCUUCACGCGCUGCUCUUCCUGCCGCAAAUUUUAGUGAAAAAUAUAGCUGUUAUCGUCGUGAUGAGGUUGUUACAAGGUGGCUGUAGCUCUGUUGGUAAUACACUUGUUGGCGGUAGCAUCGCAGACAUGUUCAACGCCAGUGAAAGAGGAUUACCAAUGGCUGUGUUUUCACUAUUUGCUAUUGGCACCCAAGGUGUCGGUCCAUCUUGGAGUGGCUACGCUCAGAUUAAUUUAGACGGUAUCAGAGGGCUUGGUGGAUGGCAGUGGGCUCUCUGGAUAACUUUCAUCAUCAAUUGCAUCUCGUCGAUUAUAAACAUACUCGUAUUAAAGGAGACGAGAGCCAAUGUUAUUAUCGAAAGGCGUGCUCAUGCUCUCAAAACGAGAACAGGAUUGCCAUACUAUGCAACAGGAACGGUUAAAUUCACUGCCAAAGACAUCACCAUGUCCCUUAAACGCUCGUUCCAGCUCUUUAUCGAGCCAAUCGUCUUCGCGCUCUCACUCUGGUGCGGUUUUCUCUGGGGUGUAGUGUACUUAAUACUGGCAGCCAUUCCAUCUACUUUCGAAGCUGCCUACGGAUUCAACCCAGGUCAAUCACAUCUCGUUUUAAUAUCGAUAACGAUAGGUUCAGUCAUUGGAUUCCUAAGCAACUUUCACCAACAGUCCUUGUAUCGUCGCAGAGCUGCUAGGAGCGUGAACAACAAGUGUAAUCCUGAAGUACGCCUUUACUGGACUUGUGCAGGUGGCUUGCUCUUCUCCUUUGGUUGUUUAAUCAUGGCGUGGACGACACGUAACGAGGUUCAAUUUGUCAUUCCUUGCCUUUUUGGCUUAGUGAUGCUGAUCUGGGGUAUUUAUGUCGUCUAUACCGCACUUUUCAACUACCUCAGCGACUGUUAUGAGACAUACGCAAGUUCUGCUCAAGCGUCAACGUCUGCAUUUAGAAACUUUUUAGGUGCAAUUUUUCCUCUGUUCAGUAUGAAAAUGUAUGAAGAAAUGACUGCUCCGUGGGCAUCCACAUUGAUAGGUUUGAUCGGACUUGCCCUCUCGAUCAUUCCCUUCCUGCUUAUCAUGAAUGGUCCUGCUAUUCGCUCAAAAUCUAAAAUAGCCAGCCAGCUUGCAAAAAGUGAAGAAAGAGAAGCUGUCCAUCCGACUCUUAAGAGCGUACCUACUUUGAACAAAGUUUGA